UGAUGAACAAAGAAAACGGCAGGUACUAAGGAUAGACUCAUCCAUGCUCAAAGAAGUUUCGAGUGGAUUUUAAGCCAUCCUGCACUUGCACUUGAAUGACCGAAACUGCUAGCAGGCUAGACCAUUCUACCUUGGACAUUAAAUUUCUCCAGUCACCUUCCACACAUCAUACCCGAGUAAGGUACACGUGCGAUCUGCAAAGAACCAUGGCUUCCGAUCCCGCCGACCAGCUGCCUCCAAUCCCGCGGUUCGUGUCAGUUCCCAUCCACACCUAUUUCUCGUACGACCCCGAGGGACUCCGAGAUUACCUCAACAAACACCAAGAACUAGAGCAGAAACUGAGAAUGCGAUACCUGUUUGGUCUCCUGGGAGCCCGGAUUGCGGCAGGUAGCAAGGAUCCAAAGGAACCGGCAGGUACCAAGAAUCCAGAGGAACCAGAAGAUAGCGAAGAUGCAAAUGAAUCGGAAAGAAGCAAGGACGCAAAGGAAUCGACAGGGGCCAAGCAUGCACAUGAGAUUGGACAUAUCCUCUUCGACCUGGCUCCAGGAGAGGACUCACUAUACAGAUGCAGUUAUGUGACAGAAGGCUGGGGCUUAACAGAAGUCCAUGUCCAGCACAUACCUUUUGACGAGGAGAAGGAGAUGAGCAAUCUCGAGUUCUGGGAGGAGAUUUGCGGCUUCAACCCUCAACUAGUACCCAGCCCUUACCCUUUCUCCAAAGCAUACGGCCUCUUUGGCCGCUACGGGCGCUACGAAGGCGUCAUCCACGAGCUCUGCUCCCACGACCUUAGCAAGACAGUAGCACACUUCUGCUGCCCGGUUGAGUCGCUAGAGCCCGCUUAUUGCAAGGGUGAAUCUCAAUCAGGCGAAAAGCGGCCCCUGAUGAUGAUAUGGGAACCGUACUUUGAGGGGAAAUUCUGCGUUCCCAAGAAUCUGGAAAAGAUCAAGAAGGCUUGCGGGCAGUUUGACGUUGUCAUAACCAACCAUGUCGACUUGCAGGCCAUGUUCUCCGAGGACCCGGAGCGAUCAUCCUCCAUCCGCCGCCGUAUCCUCCGGAAACUCCUUGCCCACAGCCCUGUAAUGGAGAUUCUCGCCCGUCGAUUCCGCGUCGAGUCGUAUGCCGACGAACUGCUACGAGCUGGUGUCGGCCGUUCCGGUACGGGAUGGGUGGUGGUACGGGCAGGGACGCGUGGCUGCCUCGUUGCGUCGGCACAGGGCGAACGCGUGUGGCUUGGACCAACGCGGGAAUGCUUUGCGUACGGUGGUGAGGACGACGGUGGGGUUUGGCGUCCCAUGUUUGCUGGGGCACUUGGCUAUGCCGUGUCCAGAGGGGAUUCACUGGUGGAGGCGGCAAAACUUGCAACUGUUGUCUUGGAAUGUCGGAGGUACAUGCCACCACUAUGGGUCGUUACCAAGGAGCCAACCGAGCCAUAUGUGGACAAGGUCCCGUCGCCGUCGAAAUGGUUGCUCCGGCUAGAGGGCCAGCUGGAGAAAGAACUCGAGGAUUACAAAGCAAUAAGUAGCGCAUCUUGGUAGCUUAGUCUAGUAUAGGAACGGACAGCA